CACCGGGUUUCUCUUCCGUCUUCCGUAAACACGUGGUAGAGCAGAGCGUAACAGAACCCUUAGAGAACGUCUCAGAACCAGGCGGACCGAGAUUGUGUGAUCAUGUUGCAGCAGCUGGGUCUUAUCGGAACCAUCCGGGACGAGGAUCUGAGCCCAGAGGAACCGGAAACCGAAUCCGAACCAGAGGAGGAACCAAUCAUCCUGAACCGUAAGAAAAAGUUUGGGGGUCAACGGUCGGCAGACUUUAACUGUGACUUUGAGUUUGGAGAGAAAGACAGUCUGGCCCUGGAUGAUGAUUGGGCCAUGAGUGACGUCUUAAAGCAGCUCAAGAAGAAGAGAAUUGUGACAACAUUGGACCAGAAAAUAGAGAAGAUCAGGAAGAAGAGAAAAGCUGAGGAAAAAAUGUCUCAUGGCUCUGAAGCUGAAGGUUCCUCGGAGAUGAAAGAGGAGGAGGAGGAGGAGGAGGAUGAAGAGCCUACUGAGAGAGAGCAGGAGGAGGAAGAGGAUAGUGAUGAAGAGGAGGAGUUUGGGUCGAGUGAUGAAGAGAUUUUGACAAAAUCAGACACUCUGAGGGACAAAGAACGUGGAAGGAGGAAGAGGAAGGUGGAGGAACAGACUCCAGAGACGUUUUCUGAGGAUGCAUCUGAGUUCAAUGAUCAGCUGACCUUUGAAGAGAUGAACCUGUCCAGACCCAUCCUGAAGGCCGUCACAGCUCUUGGCUUUAAAGAGCCGACGCCGAUCCAGAAGGCCUGUGUUCCCGUAGGUCUGCUGGGCCGAGACCUGUGCGCCUGUGCUGCUACUGGAACAGGGAAGACGGCCGCCUUCAUGUUACCUGUGUUGGAGCGCUUGGUUUAUAAGCCCAAGACGUCCCAGGUGACCCGGGUCCUGGUUCUGGUUCCUACCAGAGAGCUGGGCAUCCAGGUCCACUCGGUGGCCCGUCAGCUGGCCCAGUUCACCUCCAUCACCACCUGCUUGGCUGUUGGCGGUUUGGACCUGAAGUCACAGGAGGCCGCUCUGAGGGCCGGGCCCGAUGUUCUGAUCGCGACACCGGGCCGACUGAUCGACCACCUGCACAACACGCCCAGCUUCGAGCUGAGCCACAUCGAGAUCUUGAUCCUGGACGAGGCCGACAGGUGGGGGCGCCGCGGCCGCCGCGCAGGACGGGGACUCUGGGUUUCCUGGACUCUAACGGUUCUGUUUGGUUCUGACAGGAUGCUGGACGAGUACUUUGAAGAGCAGAUGAAGGAGAUCAUCAGGCUCUGCUCCUACAACCGGCAGACCAUGCUGUUCUCAGCCACCAUGAGCGAGGAGGUGAAGGACCUGGCGGCGGUGUCACUGAAGCAGCCAAUCAGGAUCUUCGUGAACAGCAACACGGACGUUGCUCCGUUCCUUCGACAGGAGUUUGUUCGGAUCCGACCGCACCGAGAAGGAGACCGAGAGGCCGUGGUGGCAGCUCUGCUGACCCGGACCUUCCAGGACCACGUCAUGCUGUUCACCCAGACCCGGAAACAGGCCCACAGGCUGCACAUCCUGCUGGGCCUGCUGGGGCUGAAGGUAGGAGAGCUGCACGGAGAACUGAGUCAGAACCAGAGGCUGGAGAACCUCAGGAGGUUCAAAGAUGAACAGAUUGAUAUUUUGGUGGCGACGGACGUUGCAGCCAGAGGACUGGACAUCGACGGAGUGAAAACGGUGAUCAACUUCACCAUGCCGUCCACCGCCAAACACUACGUGCACCGUGUGGGUCGCACCGCCCGGGCCGGACGUUCUGGCCGUUCUGUGUCUCUGGUUGGAGAGUCUGAGAGGAAGAUGCUGAAGGAGGUGGUGAAGUCAGCCAAGAACACGGUGAAGGCGCGCGUCCUGCCAACAGAGGUCAUCCUGAAGUUCAGAGAUCUGAUCGGUAAACUGGAGAAGGAUGUUGGUGCCGUGAUGAAGAUGGAACGAGAAGAGAGGGAGAUGGCUGCGUCUGAGGCCAAGCUGAGCGUGGCCCAGAAGCGUCUGGAAGGCUCCGCCCCCUCCAGUGACCCACAGAGAGUUUGGUUUCAGACGCAACAAGAACGCAAACAGAGCCGUGUGUCGAAGGCUCUACAGGAGUUCGAUCUGGCUCUGAGAGGGAAGAAGAAAAGGGAAAAGUUCCUGAAAGACGGGAAGAAGAAGGAGCUGACGUCCGAGGAGCGCGCUCAGUUUGAGAUCCUCAAGGCUCAGAUGUUCGCAGAGCGAGCCGCCAAGAGGGAGAGACGUGCAAAGAGAGCGAGAGCCAUGCCGGAAGACGACACGCCGCUGAAAGCCAAUCAGAAAGCAGGAAGCAGAGGCAGGAAGUCGGUGUUUGAUGAGGAGCUGACCAACACCAGCAAGAAGUCCCUGAAGCAGUACAGAGCCGGGCCGUCCUUUGCAGACAGGAAGCGUCUUGGGUUGGACAGGAAGCGGCCGGGUGGCUCCAGGUUCAAGAAGAAGAAGUGAGGCCAGAACCACCAGUUCUCAGUGUCUUUAUGUUGUUCUGUUCCAGAUUUGAAAUAAAGUUUGCGUUUGUAAAUUGUG